CAGCCGCUUCCUUCCUGCGCCCUGAACCCGGGACCUGGCACACUCCGGCAAAUUCCCGCGAAUUCCCGCAAAUUCCGGCAAAUUCCGGCUCUUCCCGAAUUCCUGGGAGCUCCUGCAGGAGGAGGAGGAUGAGGUUGGAGCUGCUGCUCCUCGUGGCUGCGGCGUUUCCCUCGUGCCUGAGCCGGAGAAACCGCGAGUCUGGACACGAUUCCCGCCUGGAUUCCCAGAAUUCACCCCAGGAUUCUCAGGAUUCCCGCCUGGAUUCCCAGGAUUACCGCCGGGAUUAUCAGGAUUCCCGCCUGGAUUCCCAGAAUUCACCCCAGGAUUCUCGGGAUUCCCGCCAGGAUUCUGAGGAUUCCCGCCAGGAUUUCCCAAAAAAUUCCCAGAAUUACCUCCAGGAUUCCCACCAGGAUUUCCCCCAAAAUUCCCAGAAUUACCUCCAGGAUUCCCACCUGAUUUCCCACCUGGAUUCUCAGGAUUACCCACAGGAUUCCCCCCAGGAUUCCCAGAAUUUCCCCCAAGAUUCCCAGGAUUCCCCCCAGGAUUCCCCCCAGGAUUCCCGGGUUUCGCAUCUGGAUUCCCCCCAGGAUUCCCGCCAGGAUUCUCGGGAUUCCCGCCAAGAUUCCCGCCAAGAUUCCCGCCAGGAUUCUCAGGAUUACCCGCAGGAUUCCCCCCAGGAUUCCCGCCAGAAUUCCCGGGGCUCCCCCCAGGAUUCCCGGGGUUCCUCCCAGGAUUCUCAGGGUUCCCCCCAAGAUUCCCCCCAGAAUUCCCGGGAUUCCCAGGGAUCUCCCCAGGAUUCCCCCCAGGAUUCCCGGGGUUCCCCCCAGGAUUCCCAGGGAUCUCCCCGGGGUUCCCCCCAGGAUUCCCGGGGCUCCCGCCGCCGCCCCGCGCUCCCCCCGCGGCUCCUCCCGGCCCCGCUGAUUCUCCAGCUGCCCCCGGAUCCCCCGGGUCCCCCCCGGCUCCGCUGCCUCGCCCCGCGCCGCUUCUCGGGCAGCACCUUCGAGCUUCUCCCGGCGGGAAUAAUCCCGGCGGGAAUAACCCCGGUCCGGAGCGUCGCCGCCGCUGCCCAGCAGCACUGGGCCGAGUUCCCCGUGCCCGGAGCCGCCCGGUGCUGGCGGUGCCGGUACCGGAGCCACAACGGCAGCGCCUGGCUGGAGUCGGAGCCGAGCGCCGUGAUCGGCGGCUCCGAUCUGGGCGAUGCCGAGUGUCAGAGCAGCGAUGUCAUCGGCACGGGACCCGCGCCCACCGCGGGGACCCUGCGGGACCGGAACGACCCUCCCUGGCUGCUCCCGGUGUCGCUCGGUGCCGCCGUCCUGGGGCUGCUGCUGCUGCUGGGGGCGGCGGCCGCGGGCUGGAGAGGCCUCCGGCGGCGCGGACAGAUCCACACGGUCCCAGCCCCGAGCCUCCCCAUGGCCCCCGCGCCGUCGCUGUCCCGCUGAGGCUCCCGGUGUCCCCGGGGGUCGAGCUCCGGUUACCGGGACCCCGCGGGGGAGCCCCCCCCGCCCCUCCCCCCGCGGUGCCAAUAAAGUUUUGGGGUUCGUGUC